UCUCUCAUUCUUUUGGGCAUUUCGAGAUCGACGAAACCUCUCAUUUCCUUCUACAACAAGCUUUCAUGCUUCGUAUAUAAUUGUAUCGCCCAACGUCCGAAAAGGGGGCAUUUUUGGCGCUCUUUGCUAUUGUUUGAAUACCUAAAUCGAUUUUUUGUUCUCUCCUUCCCGCUCUCUUUCCGUUCCCUUCUCGGCAUGGCGGCGCAGCAGCAGAAGCGCCAGAAGAUGGCCGAGGAGCAGGUGGAGAUGGAAGAGGUGCAGCAUGGCCCUUUCCCCGUCGAGCAGCUCCAGGUGUCUGGUAUAGCUGCAAUUGACAUAAAAAAGCUCAGAGAUGCUGGUCUCUGCACGGUGGAAGCUAUUGCAUAUUCUCCAAGGAAAGAACUCUUGCAAAUUAAAGGAAUUAGCGAGGCAAAAGUUGACAAAAUUAUUGAAGCAGCUUCAAAGCUUGUUCCUUUGGGAUUCACAAGUGCUAGCCAGCUUCAUGCGCAAAGACUUGAAAUCAUUCAAAUCACUUCUGGGUCAAAGGAACUUGAUAAGAUCUUGGAGGGCGGGAUUGAAACCGGCUCGAUCACUGAGUUGUAUGGUGAAUUUCGCACUGGAAAGACUCAGUUAUGUCAUACACUCUGUGUAACUUGCCAGCUACCAUUGGAUCAAGGUGGUGGUGAAGGUAAGGCUAUGUAUAUUGAUGCAGAGGGCACCUUCAGGCCUCAAAGACUCCUAGAUAUUGCUGAAAGGUUUGGAUUGAAUGGUGCUGAUGUUCUGGAAAAUGUAGCAUAUGCUAGAGCAUAUAAUACUGAUCAUCAGUCAAGACUCUUGCUGGAAGCAGCUUCAAUGAUGGUUGAAACCAGGUUUGCCCUCAUGGUCGUGGACAGUGCCACUGCUCUUUACAGGACGGAUUUCUCAGGAAGGGGAGAAUUAUCAGCAAGGCAGAUGCACUUGGCAAAGUUCCUGCGGAGCCUUCAGAAGAUAGCAGAUGAGUUUGGCGUUGCUGUGGUCAUCACCAAUCAAGUUGUUGCACAAGUAGAUGGAUCAGCCAUCUUUGCAGGGCCACAAAUCAAACCCAUUGGUGGAAAUAUAAUGGCACACGCUACUACAACCAGACUUGCUCUUCGGAAGGGAAGGGGAGAAGAACGAAUCUGUAAAGUGAUAAGUUCUCCAUGCUUAGCUGAAGCUGAAGCGCGAUUUCAGAUAUCUUCAGAAGGUGUUACAGAUGUCAAGGAUUGAUCAGAGUACUUCCAUGAAUCUGCAAUUUGUGUUACCAUAUCUAUUCCAAUCUUUUCUUCAGGCUGCCACGGUUUGUUUACUUGCCUCCCUGUUUUUUGAGCAGCUUUGAGAAAGCCUGCAAUAUCUGGAAGUUUGGUUCCCCCUCCUUUUCAACUGGUGGAGAGGAGAAAUCACAUUUUUUUUUGUUUUGUUUUUGUAGUGUAUUCUAAUGAGUAUUGUCAAAAUGUUGCUACUUUUUUUGUGAUAUUUUUUAAAUGAAUUUUUCAUAUCCUCAUAAUGAUUAGCUUUCACUUUGUGAUUGUACAUGUUGGAAGAAAUGAAGAUCAACAAUGAUGCUUGCCAGAAGAUUCACGGUGAUAGAAUAACUAUUUAGUGUUUUAGCGUUGUAUGAAAGUCAAACACACUCAAACAAUUGUAGUACAUAGAUACAUAAGAAUUUUUUCCAUGGAAAACUCAGAAAAAAAAACGACGGGGCUUAGCUCAACUAAAAUGAUCCACUAUGAGUUAAUGAUUACUCGUUCUAGCUCUUGUCCCACAGGCGGGAAAUGAUUGCACAAGUCUUCGAAAUAUGAUGUUCGAUAUUGUCUUUGAGGCUCAUCGCUCUACUGUGCUCAAGAUAAUGUGUUACUCCACACAAUGCUUUGUUACCUCGCAUCAUAUGACUUGGAUUUUGCACGGGGCUUUGGUGCAAUGAGCAAGAGAUGGCCUACAGUGGUCGGCUAGCAAUAGUCGAUAAUUGUCAACUAGUGGUGGUUGACUUUAAUGU